AUCGAUGGAAUCAAGAUGGCGACUCUGGCAAAAGCGCCAAUAUAUUUACUGAAGUAGAUGUCCAAAUUUAACCGCGGUAGUGGGUUUUCCCAAGCCCCCCGGGGGUUCCGUGAGACAUGAAGACCGGGAGCAUGUUUUUGAAGAGGAAGUGACCGGAAUUAAUACCGUAACUAAGUCAGCGAGAUGUGCGAGAGCUAUGCCCGCUCGCUGCUGCGUGUUUCGGUGGCGCAGAUCUGCCAGGCUCUGGGCUGGGAUGCGGUUCAGCUCACUGCGUGCGAUCUGCUGUCCGAUGUGUUGCAUCGAUACAUCCAGCAGCUGGCCAGGGUCUGCCAUCGGUACUCUGAGCUGUAUGGGAGAACAGAUCCAGUCCUGGAUGAUGUCAGCCAGGCCUUCAGACUCCUGGGGGUGAGCCUGAGUGAACUGGAGGACUACGUCCACAACCUGGAGCCUGUGGCCUUCACCCAUCAAACGCCACUCUUCCCUGUUAGCAAAAACAAUGUCAUGCAGUUUCCCCAGCCUGGAGUCCGAGAUGCAGAGGAAAGGAAGGACUACAUUCCAGAUUACAUGCCACCCCUGGUCUCCCUACAGGAAGAAGAGGAGGAGGAAGAGGUUCUUGCUGACAUGGGCACCUCAGCCGAAGCCAUGCAGGUGGCUCUGGAGGAGGACGAGGAGGAAAUAGAUGAAGACGAGACGGUUAAUGAUGAAAACCACCCUCUAAAGAGGCACCUGGACAGUCCCGACGCCGCUAUGGGCAUGAUGCCAACCUCCAAGAGACCGCGCAUGUACCCCGGCCUCAGCCCAGAAUGGGGGGUUGAGCCCAGGGAGCCCCUUACCUCUCUCAACCCGCAACGUGUUCCCCCGGGCAUUCUGCCUUCUCAUGACAGCCUUGACCCCCUGUCACCUGAAGCACCGUCUGGAACCCUGCCUUCCUUCAGACCUCAGCCAGUAAUACCAAAACACUCUGAUCAAAAGGGCCUCACUACUCCAGGGAGAAAGCCUAAGGUCUCAUCCCCUGGCAGACAACGGACUAAGUCACCUAAAGGGGUCGUUCCUGUUCCAGUAGUUGGCAGCCCCAUCCAUUCUCCAAAGCCGUCUAAGGAAAGGAAGAAAUCCCCAGGCAGGACGAAGAGUCCUAAAAGCCCCAAAAGCCCAAAGAUGGGUCCAGCUGGUUCAGCUAAAGUAUGUCAACCUCAAAGCAAAACAGAUAGUGUGCACCAUCUACCGCUGUUAGCGCUGAGUGAGAGGAUGGGCAAAGAGAACAUCCAUAUGCGUCAGAACAUUGAGGACCGGGAGAUGGCUGAGGGACCGUUCAAGAAACUGGAGCCUGAUAACACAGCCAUCGAUGACUCCAUCGAUGCUGUGAUUGCGAGGGCGUGUGCUGAGCGGGAGCCCGAUCCCUUCGCUUUCUCCUCAGGCUCUGAUUCGGAUAGUAAUGGAUUCUCCAGCCCCAGGAGACUGACCAUCACGGAUCAGUCUACACCUAAGGUCCCGGUUGGGGGCAGCAACUUGUUAAGAGACACUUCAACGCCUCUUCACCUGCCGCCGCCGCACGUAGGCCUAGGAAACUGGACUAUGGAUGAUUCAAUUAACGAGGUGAUCCGUAAGGUCAACCAGGGCGGGCCGUCGGCCCCCGCUCAGAACCAAGCAGACUACCUGUCAUCGGGCUCGGCCUCGCCACCUACACCCGAACCUCUGCUCAAGGUGUUCGAGGACAAGAACAAGCUGGUGCCGCCGGUAGACGUCAAGAAAAAACCGAAGAAGGAGCUGAAAACUAAGAUGAAGAAGAAGGAGAAAGACAAGCCCAAAGACAAAGAUCGGGAAAAGGACAAGGGCAAACUCAAAGAGAAGAAUAAGGAUAAGAACAGGGAGAAAAACAAGGACUUUUCCAAGGAUGGCAAGAUGCCCUGGAAAGAGUUUGGAGUCAAGGAUGAUGACCACUUUCUUCUGCGAGAUUUCACUCUGCCUGAGGGCUCCAUCAAAAUCAAAUCAAGAGAAGGAGACGCUCCGAAGAAGGAGAAGGAGAAGCAUAAAGACAAAAAGAAGGAUAAAGAAAAGAGUAAAAAGGACAAAGACAAGAAAGAGAAGAGUAAAGACCGGAGCAAGGAGGACAAGCAGAAGCAGUCUGCGUUAUCCGCCUUUUCUCUGAUUGAAUCCCAACCACUGUUCAGCCCCUCGACCUGCCUGCGCAUCCCCUCCAUGCUGCCUCCUCUCGCCCCGAUCCUCCAGGAUAAGGAGGUGAAGAGCAAGGAGAAGGACAAGAAGAAAGACAAGAAAGAGAAGAAGAAGAAGAAGGAUAAGGAGAAGGACAAGGAGCGAGAGAAGGCCAAAGAAAAGGAGCGGGAGAAAGAAGAGAAGAGGAAAGAAAAGGAGAGGGAGAAGGAGAAACGGGAAAAGGAGAAGGAGAAAGAAAAGGAGAGGAUUCGAUUGGAAAAGAUAAAAACAGACACUCCAGCGGCCUUACCAUCUCCAGUUAUCCCCAGACUGACCCUCAGAGUGGGAGCAGGCCAGGACAAGAUUGUUAUCAGCAAGGUGGUUCCAAAUUCAGAGCCCAAGACGCCGGUGCCCAAGACCCCCGCUGCCAAGUCGGGGCCUGGGAAUCGUCCUCGGACGCCUCCGCCGCCCCCGAUACUCGCCCCAGUCGUACCCACUCUGCCCCCGCCUCCCACGCCGCUCCCACCCGCUCCUCUGCCGUCGUCGUCUCUUCUCGCCCCGGCUCCUAUGCUUCCUCAUGGCGCUUCCAUGAAACCACCGGUCCGCAGCGUAGUGACCGAGACUGUCAGUACUUACGUGAUUCGAGACGAAUGGGGGAACCAGAUCUGGAUUUGCCCUGGAUGCAACAAACCUGAUGACGGCAGUCCCAUGAUAGGAUGUGAUGACUGUGACGACUGGUAUCACUGGCCUUGCGUUGGAAUCCUCACAGCGCCUCCCGAAGACCAGUCGUGGUUCUGCGUCAAAUGCUCCAACAAGAAGAAGGACAAAAAACACAAGAAAAAGAAACACAAACCACACUGAGACUAUGCAAAAAGCACAUAUUUGGACUUUCCUUGGACUAAAGCCAUCAAUAAACUCUCGUGGCACUGCUGUAAAAUAAAAAAAGAAAGUCAAAACAGUGGCUGAUACGAACUUCUGAUUGAUUUUUUUUUUUUUUUUUAAUGAUGUCAGCCAUGAUGCAUCGUGAGUUGAUAAGAAAAAAGGCUUCAACCAGCACAUAUUCGGCCUUAGCUCUCCCGUGGGCUCUGUGGUUUUUCCACUAUUCGCCUAAAAACUGUUUGCUUGUCGUUCUUGGCGUCCAGUCGUUGUAAAUGCUGUCAGCGGCGUCCGCUCACGGAGACCGUGGCGGUUUGUCGCAGAACAGAACAGAGAGCAACCCACACCUGUCGUCUUUAUUUCUGUUUCUUUCCACGAAAACAAGUGACCACUAUCUCGAGCGUUUCUCCUGUUUCCUGCGGUGUCAAACAGAUUUCAUGUAUAUAUAACGAAGACAGCAUCAGGCAUGUAUAAAUUUGUAAAUACCAAUUCCCACGCCAAGUGCAUUUUCUUCUUAGGAUUUUGACCUGUUAAAUCCAUUUUCACAUAUUGGUUUUUAAACAUGAUUUUCUGUAAUUUCUGUACAUUUUUUAAAUUUAAAGUUUGUAUUUUUUUUGCCCCUCAUAUGGAUUAGUCCUGGAGUUAUACUGUAGCUGUGCUUGUAUUGUAAUUCAUUUCGCUGAUAUUUCAAUAUUAAAGGUGGACGGUCUGUGUAGUCACAGACUUUAAGAUGUAAAUCUUGUCAACAUGGAAACUGUACACAGAUCUUCUGUCAAACCCA